GUGGCAGCAGCAGCUUUGCGCAGCAGCAGCAGCAGCAGCAUCGAGGCGGACCACGGGGGACGCACGCACGUACGCACGCGGAGUAGCGAUCAUACGGCGCGUGUACGCGGUGAGUGUGUACGCCGAAGUGUGUGCCGUGACACAAAUAAAACUAUUUUUUUAAACCCGUCCCGAGCCCGUGUCGGAUCAGCGCGCGGCGUGCGGUUGCGACUUGCGUUGCCCUCGUGUCCCCACCGUUCCGUUAUCCAGGAUUCCGUUGUCGGUCUUAGCCGUGUACCCGGCUGCGUGUGUGCCGAAACACUGAUUAACAUGGCGAACAGCAUCGCACCGGACUCGUGGGAACAGCAGGCGGACACGAACGGCGAUAUCGUCGGCCCGCCCCAGGACAAGUCCAUCGAGAGUAAGUUCUCCACUCUGAACGUCAACGCUGCGGAAUUCGUGCCUUCCUUCUGCAUCAGCUCGUCGCCGCAGAGCAACACAGCGACGACAGCAGCCGACAGCAGCCCCUGCAAUGUCGCCGCUGCGGUGAUGAAUACCGUAACCACCACCUCCAUGCCCGUCGAGAUACAUCAUGGAAAUUCUACUCCUGUUGUCUUAUCAGAUCCAAUUGGCAGUCGAGUUGAGGAACCUCCUGCUGGGGGAGGGGCUCCACCACCGAAUGUUAACGACCAACUAAAUAUCAGUCCAGAGCAUCAACCUGCAGAUUCUUGGGAAGAGGCAGCGGUCGAUGGUGACCCUUUACUUACACCUGAAAAUGAGGAAGCUGAUAAUGAAGAAGAUGAAGAACUGGUUGUUAAAGUACCCAAAAAGAAACCUAUCAAAGUAGCAGAAGAUACUAAAAGCAAAAAGGAACAUGUUAACGUUGUUUUCAUAGGGCACGUAGAUGCUGGAAAAUCAACUAUUGGGGGUCAAAUUAUGGCCCUUACGGGGAUGGUCGACAAACGUACCUUAGAGAAAUAUGAGCGAGAGGCGAAAGAAAGAAGUCGAGAAACAUGGUACUUAAGUUGGGCGUUGGAUACAAAUCAAGAAGAAAGAGAAAAGGGAAAAACUGUUGAAGUGGGUAGAGCCUACUUCGAGACAGAACGAAAGCACUUUACAAUAUUAGAUGCACCCGGCCAUAAAAGUUUCGUACCUAAUAUGAUUGGUGGUGCGGCGCAAGCCGAUUUAGCAGUUCUUGUUAUUUCUGCGAGAAAGGGCGAAUUUGAAACGGGAUUCGAUAGAGGAGGUCAGACGAGAGAACAUGCUAUGCUUGCUAAAACCGCGGGUGUCAAGCAUCUGGUUGUAUUAGUGAAUAAGAUGGAUGACCCCACUGUCGAAUGGGACGAGGGACGAUACAAUGAAUGCAGGGAUAAGAUACUGCCAUAUCUUCGUAAAUUAGGAUUCAAUCCUACAAAAGAUCUUACAUUUAUGCCAGUCUCUGGUCAACUUGGCAUUGGUUUAAAGGAUCCAAUACCUGAACAUCUUUGUAAUUGGUACAGCGGUCCACCAUUCAUACCUUUUAUUGAUUCGCUACCAUCACUCAAUCGUAAGAGUAAUGGACCUUUCAUCAUGCCAAUCGUCGACAAAUAUAAGGACAUGGGAACAGUAGUUAUGGGUAAAGUUGAAGCAGGUGAAGCCAAAAAAGGACAGUCGUUGCUUGUUAUGCCAAAUAGGACGGCAGUAACGGUAGAUCAAUUGUGGUCAGACGACGAGGAAGUAACGUCCGUUGGGCCUGGGGAAAAUGUAAAGAUUAAGCUGAAAGGUAUCGAAGAAGAAGAUGUUAGUCCCGGAUUCGUUUUAUGCGACAGCAAUAAUCCUAUCAAAACCGGGAAAGUCUUCGACGCGCAAGUGGUGAUUCUGGAACACAAGAGUAUUAUUUGCGCGGGAUACAGUGCUGUCAUGCACAUUCAUUGCGCCGCGGAGGAAGUCACGGUAAAGGCGCUAAUCUGUUUGGUUGAUAAGAAAACAGGCGAUAAAAGCAAGACGAGGCCAAGGUUCGUCAAGCAGGACCAAGUGGCUAUAAUGAGAAUCGAGUGUGCGGGAGUUAUAUGUCUUGAAAGAUUCAAGUUAUUCCAACAAAUGGGUCGCUUUACUCUUAGGGAUGAAAAUAAAACUAUCGCAAUUGGCAAGGUGCUGAAGGUCGUGGAGUAAAAAAAAAACUUGCUUAAAUGUUAUGACACAGAUUAAUAAUAAAGGAAAAUGAUCAUUAUUUCAAUGUGACAAAUAUAUGAUGAUACAAGGCGAGCACACGAUAUUAAGCAAACCAAACGGGCAUGAAAUAAAAUUUGGCGGAUUAGUAAUAAUGUAACAUAUAAACACACAACACUCACCUAUGUAUCGCAGAGCUAUACGUGCGUCCGCGUGCUACGACGC